UUCCCAGAAGAAGCGGGCUCGGGGCCCUCCCAGCGGAAGCUGCUCUCGGCAGUGCGGAGAGCCGGGCUGGGGCGGGACGGGGCGCGGCCGAAGUCUGUCGAAGUCUGGUUUCUGCCUGGGCAGUGACCGUGUGGGCACCCAUGUGGCUGCUGACCUCGCUCCUGUGCCUUUCGCCCCUCCUGGCACAUGGCUACUAUAAGGAAAUAAUUGGCAUUGUGGGAGAAAAUUUUACUUUUCCAGUACAAAUAGACCGAAAAAUAGUGGAAGCUGUCUGGAAGAAAAACAAGGAUAAAGUGGUUGAAUGGGAUGUUCAAACCAAACCGACAUAUUUUAAUCGUCUCGGCAACAGGACUGUACUUAUGGAGAAUGGAUCCUUGACUAUAGUGAACUUGGAGAAGGAUGAUGCUGGCACAUAUGAGUUAGUGUACUGGGAUUCUAUGAAAGAACAAUGCUUAGACUUCGUACUUGUUGUGUUAGAUUCCCUUCCAAAACCUGAAAUAAAUUGCAACAGCAGUGAUGGUGAACUUGUAUUAAACUGUACAGCAAAUUUCCAUGGGUCUCUGAAUUACACUUGGAAGCUCAGUAACAAUCCACACAGUUAUCGGAACCAGGAGCUUUCCAUCCCUUUGAAGAAUGUUGAUAUUACCACCAGCGCUACAUGUAUCAUUAAAUAUUCACAAACAGAAAGGAGCUCCGAAAUCUCUUUGAUUCAAUGCCUUCCAGAAGGAAAAGGAGACAGUUCUCACAAACGACAUAGAAAUAUUCUUAUAUGGGCUGGCCUCCUUACUGCAUCUAUUGUCCUAGUGGUAAUCCUAGAAUUCCUGCGCAGGAAAGGUAUAAUUAAACUUGGAACAAGAAGAAAUACUGCUCAGAAUAAGAGUCCAGUGAAUGGCUCAGGAGAGCAUGAGCAACUUUACCCUGGGAACAGCCAACAACAAUCUAACUCAGAGGGAGCUGUGUGUUCACAUGCUGUUCAUUGUAAGAAUGAAGAGCCUGAAGCAGACAGAGCAUUGAAUGAGAAUGACAGGGCCCUGAAAGGCAAGAAGAUAGUUAAGAAUGCUGUAAAUCAGGAAGAAGUGAUACAGGAUGCAGGAGGUGAAAAUGGGGGGUACCUGGACAACUCCACUUAAGGAGAGAUGUCUCAACUCCAAAGCAGCAGCAGAAGUCAGAGGUGAAUGAGCAGCCAAGAGCAGCCAAGAUCCCAGCUCAUCAACCGCUCAUACUAGCGGGAGAAAGGGUGCUGAAAGCCAAGCCUCUUUCCAAUGCUCCAGGAGUGCAGCACAAGCCCUACAGACAUUUUAUGAAAAUAUGAACUACAUCAUAUCUGUAGAAACUUGUUUUAUUAGAGACAUGAGUACUAACAACCUUCUCUGCAUAAUCUCUGGAGGAAACAGACUGGCUUUGUAAGGGAGAGACAGAUGAGAACAAACUAUACUUGGAUAAAAGAACAACUGGAAAUAUGUUGUGUAAGAAGAGGGUCUGGCAGAAACUGAGCACUUUCCACAGCCUGAGAACUCCUACCAGUGGCAACUUCUGUCAUUUCUGAUGGCGAACAUCCCAUGGGCUGCCAGGGCAGGAAAUGUCUCCACACCCGCCCGAGGGCUUUCCCAGUACAUCUGCUGCAGCAGCCUCCUCUCCCAAGUUACUGAAGCACCAUCUGGAUGCAACAAGAGGAUCUUCAAACUCCUGUUUGCCGCAUCUUCAGCCCUUCCCCCACCCUAUAAAGCACAUCUUUGAGUGAGUUCAUCAUCCUUCUUUCUCAGCAGGUGAAAAUAUCCUCCUUUUUAGCAUCCCAGGGAAGACAUGGCAACUGCUGAGGUGUAAUAGCAAACUUUGAACAUCCUCAAGGCUUUGGAACCUGUAUUGUCCUCUUGACACCCAUGACUUGAAUAUAGUCUGGAACUGAUUAACUUGACUGCUUCAGUCUCUGGAAGGCAAUGUUCUUUCUGCAGUUAAAUAUUUACUUAUCAUUGCGCAUGGACCAGGCAUUACAGGAGCCUGAGCAACACUUGCAUUUUCUCCCCAUAAACUGAAAAACGAGCAUCCUCCAUUAUUUCAGUGCUGCCACUCCCAUCCAUCAUGGGAGUCCAGUCAUGUCCUAUUCAACCUAGCCACCUUCUUAGCUUCAGCAACAUUCCUAAACCAUGAGAUUUGUAGCCCGCACCAUGGGGCGGCCACAUUGCACAUCCAAAAUAUUCCUUGGUUCCAAAGUCAUCCUCAGACAACAACAUGAAUCCUAUUUCUGAAAAUCAUGUCUCUCUAGCACUUGCAAGCACCUUUGCAUGACAUUGCCUGGGGAGAAUUUGAGCUCUCCCCUACGCAGUCUUCCACUGGCAGAAGGACUUUUACAAUAGAAAUAAUUUCUAUCUUAGGCAGCACCACAGUGAAGUGGUAAAAAUGAGAAAAUCUGAAGCAUUGGUAGGGGCUUUUAGAAAUACGGGGGCAUUCCCAUCUUCCUUCCAGUUCCUACCUGCUGUAAAUGCUGGGGUGGGUACAUCUGACAUGCCAAUAUACCCAAGAGGAACAUAUCACCCCUCUCUGCUGCUGCCCAGCAUCAGACUGCUCCAUCCUGACCACAGCAGCUCAGGGAGAACUGUUUGCCAGCGCCAAGACUGGGUCUGGCCCCAGGAUGCCAGCAGGUUGGCACUUUGGUGCCAGGUUGGCUGGAUCUUUGCAGGGAGUGAGGAGAAGCUGGGAGGUGUUUUGGCUCUGCUCAGGCUGAGUAAACAGAGCAGCUUUUGCCUGGGAAUAGGUGCUGACCACACUGGUGACGCAAUGAUGUCCCUGUUGCUCCUCCUGGCAGGGGGAGUCUCCUGUUUCCUCUGGCUCAGGCAGAGACUCCUUUUUUUUUUCCCCACCCCCUUGGCACCCAACAUUUAGCUUACCAUUUCAGUCACCAAUGACAGCAACCAAAAAAUAAUACCAGUGUACUCAGUUAAUCCAUAGGAAAAUCCCACAUCGGCACACAAAAGGUGGAGACAGCGCUCCCGCAUUUUCCCCUAAGGGCCUGAGGCAAUGGAAAUUUUCUCAAGCUCCAUUCAUUAACAGAAUAGAUGAACAGUUAUGUAAGGUCACAUGAGGGAAGUGGUUGGUCUUUGGUCAAUGAAAGAGUUAGUCACACAUCAUUGAGCUGGAUGGCCCUGGGAGGAAUUGUGGAGCCACCCCGUUGCAUGUUCAAGGACUGAAGAGGGAGAACUUUAGCUAUAAUUCCUCACUAUGCCCUGAGCUUGGGCACCACCUUUACAGACCUGGUAUUGCAGGAGUUACGUGGUACUGCUGAGCAAAAAAGCAGGGAUUUGAGGUCUCUUGAGAUCCUCCACACUUUCCUCUUCCCAAAUCACUCAACCCUCCUCUGAAGGAAUUAAGAAACUACCUCAUGAUCUUGGGGUGCCAGCAUGCAGUUGUGCAUCCCCCCAGCCAGUCUGUUCUUGACUGGGUACUCAGAGGGUACGUAACAUGAUACAAUUCAGCAGUCACAGGGCAGAUAAAAUCUGUAUGAGGGCUCUCAGGAACCACUAGAACAUUGCUAGGACAUUCAGCUGGGGGAGGAUUUUCAAGGAUCUCCUCUUGAAUUUGUCCAUUACUGAAGUGAUUUGGACUUUUUCUCUCCCUCUUAGAACAAAGGAUGAUGCCAUCAUACAGAAUUUCCAUGGGACUGACUGUAGGAGAGAAGAUAUGGCACUGACUGGCAUCCAGACUUCAGUACCCAGUUAAACAUGGUCUGCAAUAAUAUUCUCCCACUUCUCACCAGCUCACAUCCUUGUCCCAAGCAGCCCAGUUGACAGUCCUCUAGGUCCUCUAAAUUGGGUUACCUUGGCCCUUGGCUCUUCUUAGCCUCUGCUUUGGGGCUUUCAGCUCUGACUUUUAGACAAGGAUGUCUUGCAGACAAAUCAAACCAGCUUUGUUUGCUCAUUUGCUCUAAUCCCUGGAUGCCGAGUGACUAGCUUCAACCUGCUAGUGUACUUUCACCUUGCAGCCAAUCUCUUGAAGGUCAUUUCAGACCAUUGGAGAGGCAGGGUGACAAAGCUUGGCUGGCAGCCACCACAGACACGGAGUAGCAGUCACCUGGCACCAGCAAUCUGCAGGACUCAUGGCCUGAUGAGUGCAGAGGGCAGAGGAUGCCCGCAAAGGAAACUUGUGUUGGGCAAGUGGAGAGUGUGGGUGCCAGGCUGUACCUGUACCGUGAUCUCAUGCCUGAGGGCUGGUAACAGCUGUCACUGUGCAAACCAAAGUGCCUCCCACAUUUUCUGGUCUGCCCUGAGUGCUGAGGCUGUGAAACCCCUCCUGUGCGAGGAGGGCACCCUAACCCACCCGGGAGGGGCUGUGGCGUAGAUCCGACCCUCAGGAAAAGCCCAGCUGUCUCCCUGAGCAGGUGGCUUCCAGGAAGAGCCACAUUCCUGACUGUGAGGAGCUGAAAGGACCGUGUAUGGGAUAUGCCUUAAAAUAGGCAGAGAUGGAGGAACAGAAUUCAGGUCCCAGGCAAUGUGGACUCGAUGGCAUCUCAGGCGUUUGGUCAGGAAGGGAAGUGCUGCUGAAACUACAGCUGCCUCAGCCUUGACUGCAAGUGUGGCUGAUAACCUUAGGGCUGCUUUCACUCAAGGAAAGGAUUCUGGUUGAGAUUUUUGGUUUUUUCCAGCCAAAUUCCGUUCUACUUUAUUGUCUUCUGGUUUUCUAAAAGCCAAGCUGAGCUGAAAUAGAUUUCCCCUUUCCCAAACGUUUGAGAUAUUGUGGAAAGAGGUCUACCUUAUAUUUGGAGAAAAAGUUUAGAUCCCUAACAUUCCAAAUAAUUGAUAUUUUUCUAGGGGAAAUGAAGCCCUUUUUGAAAUAUUUCAUUUCAGUAACCUUAAAAUGGUCUUUUUAGAAAUCUUACUAUAUUUAGCCUUUUGGCUUUUAAUAACUAAGUAUUGUAUUAACAACCAAGUAUUGUAUAAGUAUUGUAUAUCUGCAGUAAAUUUUUUUCCUAAAAAAAUAUCAAAAUGUUAUGAUAGAACCUAGAAAAGGGAUUCCCUCAGCAGUAUUUUAAGCUGGCAAGUUCUUUCAAAACACCUUUUCUCCAAAAAUGAUCUUGUUCUGAGGAACCAGCAAUACAUUUGAGAAAAAGUUUGAUGAAAAGUUUCCCGCAAAUUCUCCUGAAGCAUGUCUUUUCACUGUAAAGCACUUUCUGGCCAUUUGCAAGCCAAGCAGUGAUGGGCUGAAAGACAGAGCUUCUUGAUGGCAGCUGGAAAAUGCAAUGAGAUGAAUUUUGGCUUCCAUUCACUCUUGCUGUGUAGUUUGGCUUUGCUCUUUGAAAUAGUUGCUGUAAGCUCCCCACUGAAAAAAUUCACUGCAGUAUCACCGCAGUUUUUUUUGGUAAAAUAUUCUGAGACUGCAGAGUUCUAAGAGCUGUUGGGACAGCACACUUUGGGUAACAGGACCCCAGAAUUGUGCAGGGCAUAACAUCAGUGAGCAGGAGGAGAAAUGGGUUUUUCCUUAUUGCCCACCUGCUGCUUGGCUCUCUCACUGGCACAGCCUUGCAGCGUCUGCUGGAACGCAUGGCACCCGGAGACCAUGUGAGUUAAUUAUUAAACAAAAUGGAAUCAUUAUGCCCUGUGCCACUGCUGUUCCUCACAUAAAUCUGCUGCACGGUAGAAAAACGAUCCCGUGCAAUGAGGACAAAGAAACCUUUUCAGGAUGAACGCAUUUUCUUCUGCUGGAGAGCUGCUCUCCCUUCACCUCCCUGGAAGAGUGAUGCAUUUGGUCUCCAUAAAGGUGGGGGAUUUUGGAAAGACAAAUGAAAGUGAUACAGAGCCUCAGGGUACUGAUUUCCAUGAAUAAUCUCCCCAGCUGUUAGCCUAGGUCUGGAGCCAUUUCCUUUCAGAAAAUACAUUUCUACUAGCAACAUUUCAGGAAGGAAAGGGAGGAAAUAUUUACGAGGUACCUUUGGCAUUUCAAGGCUAGCACAAUUUCCACCGAGCUUCCCUUGAACUUCUAGAUAAAAUAUUGACUCCUGGACAUGGUGCAGAGGCCCUGGCAGGCUGUCAACCAGGAACACAAUUAAGAAGACAGUCUCUGGUGAGAUAGCAUCCAGUACUUUAAAAAGCAUCUGUGAUGAGUUUCACUUGACUGACAUACAGGAAAAGAUGAAGACUUACAGGUGAGAUCCCCAGAUGCCAGCCACCCAGGGAAGGGUCCCCUUAGCUGAAAUAGCAGGUCAUCUCAGCUCUGGGAGGGGACAGAAGAGAGCCAGUCUGGUUUCUCUGCUGUGAGGGUUUCUGAAGCUUUUUCUCUUAUGCACAGGGGAAAGGGUCUCUCCUCUGUGGCUGUUCAGCCUGGCAGACAUGGGAGGCCCAUGAAGGGCAGGUCCUGUGGUAAAAAGGGUGCAUGGCCUGAGACCCCAGCAGAUGGGGGUCCACCAGCUGCAGAAGUGCUCUGGCUGAGGGGUAGAAGCUGAGAUACUGGCAGAGGGUGGGUCAGGCCAUGGGUCUCAGGCUAUCUUAAAUAUUUGGCUUGCGUCCAUCAUGCCCAGCUACCACGUGGAGACAGAUGCCCAAGUCUCAGCCCUUCACCACUCAGCACAGUGGCCCUGUGGAGGCAGAGCUCUGUGGCUAGAAGUAAAUAGAUGGGCAACAGUGCUUGUUUCCCUGGGGAUUUAAUUCCUGAGGAUCUGUGCUCCAAGCACUUCUGCAGGCAGCCUGAGUACUUGACACUGGCGUUUCGCUGUCCCUGUCUUUGCUGGCCAGUGCCAAGCUGAGUUGGUCCUUUGCUGCCCUCUCAAAGAGGGCAAACGUUUUGGAAGGAGUCCCUCUGCUUUGCCACAUGCUGUAAUAGCAGGGAAAGAGAAACAUAGAGGUCAUGUGGCCUAGGCAAAGCCAAAAAGCAAAGGGACUGGCAAGGCUGGCUGUGGCAGCCAGGUCUCCUGCCUCCUGGGAGGCAGCCACUGGCUUAUAAUACUACUUUUCUGAAUGUUGUUUAAAGGGACAACAGAGAGCACACGCCUGCUCCUGCUGGGCUCAGUCAGUUGUGUUUGUGGUGGCUUUUGCUUUUCUUCAAGAGUUUACCUUGGCUCUUUCCCUACUGCUUCAUUGGUACCCUGUGAAAGGACUGCAGUGACCCUUGUCCACUGGAUGCAGAAGUGCCUGGAAUGGACUGAGGAGUCAAGAAAUGUGCAUGCUCCAAGGCUGGCUAGAUGUGUUUUGCAGGCCGGCUGAUGCCCAACCACAGCUGGAUGUGAGACGUGUGAUGAGGGCCUGUCCCACUCCCUGUCAUGUAUCACACACCACAGCAGUGCUGUGCUGUGGUCACCUCCUGUGGUGACCCCAAGGGCUGCACACAGCUGCCCAGCCUGCCCUGUAACCUCUUGGCUGGGAUGUUGGGCUCCACCCCCUGUGUGGUGCUGGGUAUCUCUGCAUUUCUGACGUAUCCCUUUGACGAGGCACCUCCUCCCACCUCCAGAGUCACACAACAAACACUGCCUCUGCUUCAGGGGUGCAGGUGCUGUGUCAGAGGUCCGUGGUAGCCUGCAAAGAUCAAAGUUUAGCAGGCUCCUAAGGGAAAGGAAAGCUGGUGAGUAAAGGGCACCUGGCACUCCAGGGCUGUGUGGUCUGUUUUGUCACCACCUCUCCUUCACUCUGUUCCCUGUCCCCUCCUCCAGAAAGCAUCACAGGGAGAUGGUUUGAAGUGGCCUAUAUCUGCAAAGACUGGGGAAUGCCUGGACAUGAAAAAAAGGCACAGCUGAAAGCCUGACCUGCUUUGGGAUCACUGCACAUUUUCAUUCCUUCCUGAAACAAGCAAGGGCACAUCCUUCCACAGGGAGUGGGGGCAAAGCCCACCUCCUUGUCUGUGCUCUGAGUUAGCUGGAUGUGAAAUAGGUCCAGUUCAGGGGAGACCUGAGAUUGAUUUGAAACCUGUCUCUUGGUAUCUAUAGUCCACUUUGGUGGUUAGGUUCUUGGUAUCUUUCCACUUCUGUAUGUUUACUGCUGCCAUGAGCCAUACAGGAACUUUCCUCUCUUUUUCCUUUCUGCCUCUCUGAGCAGUUCAGAGGCCAUAUGUCAUCAACUGGACAAGAGCUAACUGCAAAAUGUGUUAAAUUAAUGUGAGUCCUCUAUUUCCACAACUGGCUGACUCAGGGAGCUGCAGUCACACAGAACAAAAUCCUCUCUAGUGCCUUUCUGCAUUGGUAUUUCUGGAGAGCUCACAUGGUUGAAGAUAUAAGGGCAGUCUGGUCAUCCUCAGGUCAUUCUGAACUAGUUCCCAGUGACCCCUCAAGCUGUGCCUCUCUCCUGCCUCCCUGCUUGUUCGAGGUCUUGGUUUAAUCUUUGCAGAGGAACAGACACCCUUCUGUAACCAGGCAUCCUGCUUUGCCUGCCUAGAACCAGGGCCUUGCAGCUCAAUGCUUUGUGGACUCUCAGCACCUCCACAGCAUCAUGGCCAAUAAACAUGCAAGCAGCUUCCCUGAACCACUCUGUGUAAAAUAAUCAGCAUCCUAGCAGGAACAGGGUGUCUCCAGUACAUGUCACAUCAUUUAGGUUCAGCUUAGCUCUAAGUCAGUGUUUACAGGUGGAUUAUUUUUAAGUAGAAAGUCAAGUGAAUCUAGUUCAUGGAUAGGUUCAAGCUAUAAAGAAAAUACACAAUAGUCAUGCAGAAUUAGGAUUACUCUCUGUAGAAAGAAGUUCCUUCAGUGCUCAGUAUCUUGGCUAACUCAUGAGGCUGACUUGUCUGUGCCCUAAAUCAGGACUAAAGUGCUGAGAAGAGUCCUAGAACUUCAUCUUUCCUGCCUCUGGUGAUAAAGGCAACUGAGGAGAUAGCAGGAUAUGGAAUCUGGGCAGUCAGCACCUUCUUUCUCUUAAAAGGGACUGGACCAGCCUUCUUCUCUUGCCUACUGUAAACCUUAGCUUCCUUAGCCAUUGUGUUGGGAAAAUACAUGGAAUUAAGUAAUUUUGUCUUCCCUCCUUCCCAAAGAACCUUUAUUUAUUGUUUCUACUGUACACCUUGAUUUCAGGAUGUUAUUUUGGAUUCGGAUGUUUAAGUAUUUUCCCAUGCCUGCAGCCUCGCUGUAACCAUACAAGCCAGAGAUUAGGAGAUACGUAUCACAGCAGGGGAUCUGGCACAGCAUCCGUCUUUCUUCCUCUACUUGGGAAGAACAGGGACAAAUAUUACUUUGAGAUGAAAGAGAAUGUCUUCACUUUGUUAGGAACAGGGCACUGAUAAUAGCUCUGCCUCACAUGCUUGGCUAGCUUUGUGCCAUACCUUGGCAGGCUGCCAAGCUGGAGUUCAGCUGAUCCCUUGCUAUCUGCAAGGGGAGGCAGAGCCAAUGCCCACUCAACAGGACUUUGUCCUCCCGAUGGCAGGCGGCUUAUGAAACGUCAGCCUUUGCGUGUGCUGGCAUGGCAGCAAGGCUCUGGCCCUCACAAUGGCAGUGUUCUCCGUGGGCUCGGCUGGAAGAGGCUCAUACAGAGUUAAACCUGUGCUUUGAGCACUUUUCAGCAAGAUCCCAUCAGUUAUUGGCAGAGACUGAGGCAACGGCUUCGGGCUGGAUGCACUUUCCACAGCACGACUAUGUGAACAAUGGUACGCGUGUGUGCGUGUGUGUGUGUGCGGGCACAUAGAUGAGUCUAUAUUGCAUGUGUGCUCUGUACAUGCAGGCUAAAACCCACGGGCUUUCAGAGCUGUUAUUAAUCACCAAGCACAUUUCAUACGUUCUGUGGAUGGGGCACAGGGGAAGGCUGGCCUCGUCUGACCAUGCCAUCCAGACACUGUGCCUUGGGCUCCUGCUAUCGCAGCGCUCUCUGUGCUGCUGCCACAGACCUGUUUGCAUGGAGAAUCUCUUUGCCAAUGACAUUAAUUCUUUCCUGUUCAGAGAUGUUUUCAAACGGUGAGAAAAUACUGUUCUGGCUUCUGUAGUCCUUUCAAAAGGUGAGUUAACUGUUCCCUUGGUGCCUUCAUGUCUGGAUCUGCUGCUGGCAGGAUUGGGUGCAUCUUCCGAGCACAAGUGGGCCCUAUGGCUAUUUUUAAGUUAAGGGUUAAUAAGGAGGUGGGGCUCUGAAGAGUUUUGUCUUGUUCCUUACAAGGUCUGAGCUGGGACACCUUCCUCUGAGCAUCAUUUGCACUAGCUGCUUGCAGAGGGAGCUCUGCCUUCAACCUGAUUUGAGAGAGCCGGACAGGGUGCUUGAGAGAACUCUCUCUGGCAUGUAGGAAAGUAAUUCAUUGGCAUGACUGUGGUUUCCCAAGCAAUCUGCUCUUUUGUUGGAAAUCAAACUAGCUGACACAGGCAAGGGGAAAUGUUUGUUCAGUUUGAGAUCAGAGGCUCUUGUUUUGAAAGCUCAGUUUUAUCCUCAGUCCCAACUUCUCUCCAUACACCAUUAAUCACUUGCCUGGGAACAGAGAGUUUGAACUGUCUCCAGAGCUAUACAAGCAGAUUUGGUGGCUGUCAGUAGUACUCUGUAAAUAAGUACCAGCAGGCAACUGUGUAAGUAAACAGCUUCUUUGGGAGCACCAGUGCCUUUCUCCACAGUUUACGUAGUGCAGCGGAAGGGCUCUGUCAGCUUUUGCAGGGACAGCCCAAGCACCACACACCAGGCAGGGACAAGCUGCAGCUUCCAAUUGACAGUUUUACCUCCCGCUUCGCUGCAGCUCAGGAAGAGCGGGAUUUGUAUUGGGAAGCCGGGAAACCAGCUGUGUCACAGAAACAGCUGUGCCAUGACAUCAUCUUUGUCCCUUGGUGUGUGUGUGUUUCAACAUAGGCUUUAGUUACACAAGUGUGCACUCACUUUACCUACGGGGACAGCAUUCUUACAAAAUGGGUUGUGCCUGCCAGAAGAAAGGCAUGGUUUUAGGAUGGAUGAGUGGGGGACAAAUUCUAUUUUAAUAGAAUAUGUAGGCUUCUACAGAAAGGCAUUCUGGUGCAACUGAGAGUAAUAUAUAUCCUGAGACCUUGAGAACUCUUUAAAGUAUUCCCCCCAGAAAAUAUUUUUAUGACCAUUUACAUGAAAUAUUUCACGAUUUCUUUUGUACCUAUGUGUGUGGUUGAAAUGUUAAUAAAAGAGAUGUAUUUUCCCUUAAAGGUGUUCAUUUCCAUUAAAAGGCUAUUUUUCUGCUAAGUAA